ACUAGUAUAGCUAUACAUAAUAUAUAUCUUCCAUUGUUCAUGGCUGUUUGGAGCAUCGCUCGCACCCGUUUGUGUUCACCUCAUCUCUAUAACUAUUCUCAUUUACCAAGUAGUAGUUUGCAACGCUCUGUAAUGUACCAUAAAUUCAUGUAAGUAUAACGGUUUUUAUACCUUACGGUAGAACCUAAGUUUACAUCCCCCUUCCCUCCCCUUUUUGCCUUAAUUUCAGUGAUCUAGUAAUUACUCAAAGUUCCUAGUGUAACGUUUAAUGUCCACAGAAAAACUUUCCUAGAUGAACAGAUAUACUAACUUUUUUUUGUACAUUUCUGUUGUUGUAGAUAACGAAACGCACAAUGCAGAUUGAAGCGGAUGCAUGUUUAGCAAUUCAUUUUCCCCCUGACUUUACUCGUGUCGAAUAUAUAAACCAACGAAAACUGUUCCUUUGUACUUUCCGUUACUGAUAAACUUUAUUUUUAUUCGAAGCAGCAUAAAAAAGAGCGACAACAUUUUCACAUCUGUUACUUUAUUCUCUUCCUAACCCUGUCCUGAUUUUUCACAUCAAAAUAUAUGAGCAGUAUCCCAUACGGUGCAGGACCUGGUGUUUAUAUGGAACAUGACGGACCCGCUGGUAGUGAAUCCGGAGAUUGAGCUGCCCCAGUUGGACAUUAGCAAUAACUACACCACGGACUGUACCAUCGAGUACUCGACCGGGAACUUCACCUGUCUGGCGGUGGUGUUUAACCUGCGCCGCCGUUUGGGCUACCAUCUGUUCCACACGUACAUUCCGUCGGCGCUGAUUGUCGUCAUGUCGUGGAUAUCGUUCUGGAUCAAACCGGAGGCCAUUCCGGCGCGUGUGACCCUCGGUGUAACGUCACUGCUGACGCUAGCCACCCAGAACACGCAGUCGCAACAGUCGCUACCACCCGUGUCCUACGUGAAGGCCAUCGACGUCUGGAUGUCGUCCUGUUCGGUGUUCGUGUUUCUAUCGCUGAUGGAGUUCGCGGUGGUUAACAACUACAUGGGACCGGUCGCGACCAAGGUGAUGAAGGGCUACUCGGACGAGGACCUGUCGGAGGCGAUCGACUUCAACAACAAGAAUGGUUUCAACAAAACGCAUCGAUCGUCCGAUUUGCCCCAGUACGACACGUUCUGCCACGGCCGGGAGACGGCUCUGUGCAUCGAUAAGUUUUCGCGCUUUUUCUUUCCGUUUUCAUUUUUCAUACUGAACGUCACCUACUGGACGACUUUCCUGUAGGGAGGGAGCAACGUUCUAGAUAAAAGAGAUCUGUCGCUUUGCAGCCUCUAGUUUAAACAGUUUAAGCCUAAGCAGCCUAAAGUGCGUCUAAUAGUGUAACGGUUUAGCUUGUAAUUGAACAAUGUUUCAUGAACGAAAUAAUACACUUGUUGAGCGAUAUUAUUUAGAGAAGUAAACACUUACGGCUGGAUUUUUCUUCAUGUCUGUGAAAGUGAAUCCACGUGGAUCCGAGUAAGGGCUACGGGCCAUACCACGCGUGGGUGCAGUCUAAAACAGGAAAAUAAAGCGGUACUAUUAAAUUUA